CUUGGACCGCUGUGCGUGUCUUUGCGCUCCUGCGUCUCGUCCGCAGGCUGCGAGGAGCCCCGGGCUGGGCAGACGGCUCCGGAGGAGCACGGGAGCAAUUUCGCACACGGAGGAACUUGCAUCGGGUCAGCCUGGGGGAAUCGCCAUGUCGACCCUCCUCUUCCUCCUGGGAUUCGCUCAGUGUGUCGUUCAAGGCUCUGCUUCGUGGGGAGCAACGUACCCGGGAAGCCUGCUGAGCGUCAGGGGGUCCUGCGCCGUGAUCCCCUGCACCUUCCGCUUCCCCAGCAACGUGGACAGCAGCGCUGGCAUCACGGCCAUCUGGUACAAGGAGCACGCGGGCCAGCAGAUUACCGUCUACCACUCGGCGACGCCUGCCAGCGCCGAUGAGCGGUUCCGGGCGCGCACAGAGCUGCUGGGCAACCCUCUCCAGAAGAACUGCUCCCUGCUCCUGAGGGCCGUGACGACCUCGGACAGCGGCAAAUACAACUUCCGCUUCGAAGUCCGUAAUGCCAACAGCUGGACCGAGAAGCGCACGGUGCAGCUGACCGUCACUGACAAGCUGGAGCCUCCAGCAGUCGCCUCUCUGGGAGAUCUCCAGGAAGGAGUCCCGGCCACCUUCAACUGCUCCAGUCCCUACGUUUGUCCGUUCGCAACCAGCUCCCUCCAGUGGACGGGCUACAAUGCGGAGGCCUCCCUCGUGUCUGAGCAGGUCCAGCUAAGCACCGCAGGGGUGCUCUGGAGAGAAACCCUCCACACGUCGUUUUCCUGGAAGGAGCACAACCAGAAGCUGAGCUGCGAGCUGUCUGUGGGCACGGAGAAGGCGGUGGGAGACAUCACAGUCCGAGUGAAGCAUGCCCCGCAAGGCGUGGCGGUGUCCCUGAACCCCCCCGCCCAGAACAUCCGAGUGGGCGACGCAGCCUCCCUGGUGUGCAACGUCAACAGCAGCUACCCAGACGUCGCGAGCUACCGGUGGUUCAAAGAUGGCGCUGCCAGUGGAAACGAGCGGGUUAAAUCCUUCCCCAGCGUCGCCCGGGAAGAUUAUGGGCAGUACCGCUGCGAAGCCACCAACUCGGUCGGCACCGGAAGAGCUGAGGAGGUGACAUUCUUCGUUUUCUCCCCGGUCUUGUCGGUGAGCCCUUCCUCGAGCGUAAGGGAAGGCGAGGCGGUCACGCUGGCGUGCGACGUCCCCGGGGAAGACAAGCAGGAGCUGCAGUACAGCUGGUCCAAGAACGGUGCCUGGCUGCAGGACGGCGCCACCCGGAGCCUGGCUUUCCACGAGGUCGGCGUGGCGGACGCGGGCUCCUACAUGUGCCAAGUGCAGAACGACAGGGGGAGCGAGACGUCGCGGGCCGUGGAGCUGAACAUCGUCUAUCCUCCCAGGAGCCCCUCCCUCACCCUCUUCCAGGAGACCCGGGAGGGACAGCUGGCCUUCCUGGCCUGCACUGUGGACAGCAACCCGCAGGCCACCCUGAGCCUCUACCAGGACGGGCGGCUCGUCGCGAGGAGCAGUUCCCACUCGGUUCUCAGCCAGCGGCGCAGCAUCACCUCCACCCGCAACGCCCUGAAGCUGGAGAUCAAGAAGGUGGUCCCAGAAGACGCGGGGGAGUACGAGUGCGUGGCCACCAACAGCUACGGCAACUCCAGCAGCACGCAGCUCUUCAGCGUCCAGACCGCCCGAGUGCACGUCAGCCCCUCCAGCGAAGUCCCCGAAGGCGAGCGCGUCGCCCUGACCUGCCUGGCCGCCUCGGGGCCGGGAGAAGAGUCCACGUACACCUGGUACAAGAAUGCCAAGUGGCUGCGGGCCGGGCCGGAGAGCGCCCUGGUCUUCCCCGCGGUGGCCAGCACGGACGCCGGGACGUUCCACUGCGAAGCCCGGAGCAGGAAUGGCAGCAGCGCCUCCCCGGCCGUCCCUCUCCGGGUCCUGUAUUCUCCACGCCUGCCCAUUAUGAGCUCCUUGCUGCAGACCCGAGGGGGGCGUCUUGGCAUCCUCCAGUGCACCGUCGACAGCGACCCCCCGUCCGAGCUGGCCCUGUACAAGGGGGACACGCUCAUUGGCUCCACCAGCAGCAGCCCUGCGGACGGGGACCCACGGCUCCGCGUGACCUCCGCGCACAACACACUGAAGCUGAGCAUCACAGACGUGACCCUGGAAGACGAAGGGCCGUACGUGUGUUCCGCUGAAAACCGCUACGGAAAGUCGACGGCUUCCCUGGACUUCGCUGCUGAGACGGCGGAAGUGGUGGCCACGCCAUCUCCAGAGGUGCGGGAAGGCGCUCCGCUCCGCCUGUCCUGUGCGGUGAACAGCAGUGCUUCGGGCCCGGCCAACUACACGUGGUACAAGGACGGCCUCAUCCUGCGCGAGGCCUCUGGGGAGUCCCUGGAGUUCCAGCGAGUGACGCGCGAGGAUGCCGGGGUGUACCGCUGCCAGGUGGAGAAGCAGCGCAUCCGCAAGGCCUCCCGCUCUCUCGCCGUGUCUGUGCUACACCCCCCCGGGACUCCCCGGGUGGCCGUUUUUGUGGAGACCGAGAGGGGGAGGGUGGCCGUUUUCCAGUGCUCCGUGGACAGCAACCCCCCAGCCAAACUGGCUCUGUACAAAGGAGGGAAGGUCAUCGCCUCCAGCGGAUCAGAACCCAACGCGGCCCCCCAGAGGGUCCGCGUCGGAGCGGCCCGCAAUGACUUGCAGGUGGAACUGAGGGAACUUGUGCCGGAGGACGAAGGCAGCUACAACAUCACGGCCACCAACGCGUAUGGCUCCUCCUCCCGGCUGGUGUACUUCCACGUGCAAACGGCCCGAGUCCAGGUCACGCCAUCCCCAGAGCUGCUGGAAGGGGACUCAGCCAGCCUCGCUUGCAACAUGAGGGCCCUCUCCCCCGAGGGCUCCGUCUUCUCCUGGUACAGGAACGGCAGGCGCCUCGCGGGGCACAACGCCAGCGUCCUCGCCUUCCCCAGCAUCACCAGCGGGGACGCCGGAUCCUACCACUGCCAGGCACGCUCUCUGGAGGAGGGAGGCGCCAGCAUCUCCCUGCCGGUCAGCAUCACGGUCUACUACCCGCCUCGGAAGCCGCAGGUGGCCGCCUUCCUGCAGACGCAGACUGGGCGGGUGGCCAUCAUCCAGUGCACGGUGGACAGCGAGCCCCCGGCCCAGCUCGCCAUAUCCCAUGGCAAGGAGCUCCUGGCCUCCAGUGUCCGCGCCGGCCCCAGCCGUGCUGGCCAGGGGCGGGUGAGGGUCUCCGCCGCCGUCAACAGCUUGAAGGUGGAGCUGCGGGACGUGGUCAUGCAGGACGAAGGCGACUACACGUGUUCUGCCGCCAACGCGUACGGCAACCAGAGUGCCAGCAUGACGUUUACCGCAGGGACGGCAAGAAUCUGGAUUUCUCCCGCAAACGUCCUGGAAGGGGACUUGGUGAACCUGACCUGCGUGGUGGACAGCGCUUCCGAGGACGAGAAGCGCUACACCUGGUACAAGAACGGCAGGUGGUACGCGGAAGGCUCGUCCAGGGUGCUGGCGCUGAGCCAGGCCACCGCGGCUGACACCGGCUCCUACUCCUGCACCGUGAAGACUCCGGACGCGGUGCGGAAUUCUUCCGUGGGCACGCUCAGCGUCCUCUAUGCGCCCAGGAGAGUCCAGGUGAAGUCAUUCCUGGAGACGCAGGGAGGGCGGCUGGCCAGCAUCGUGUGCACCGUGGACAGCAACCCGCCGUCAGCCCUGCUGCUCCGCCGAGCCGGCCAGGUCCUCGCCGCCAGCGCCUUCCAGGCCGCCCGGGGGUCCGACCGAGGAGUGCGUGUGGCUUCCGCACCCAACUCCCUGAGACUCGAGAUUCCGGACGCCGGCCGGGAGGACGAAGGCGCCUACGAGUGCCUGGCGAGCAACGCCGUGGGUGAGGCGACCGCCUCCUUGGACUUGCGCGUGGAGACCACGAGGGUCGUGAUCCGGCCGCAGCCAGAGGUGCGCGAGGGACGUCCUGCCUCGCUCACCUGCGAAGACACCAGCACCUCGGCGAUUGCCAAGUACACUUGGUACAGGAACUCCCGGUGGCUGUCGGAGGGCUCGGCCAGCGCCCUUCUCUUCCAGGCCGUGGCUGCCAGCGACGGGGGCGUGUACUCCUGCCGAGCGCAUCACACAGAGGGAAGCCGGGCCUCGCCGCCCGUCACGCUGCACGUGCUCUAUGCCCCGAAGCAGCCCCUCCUGGCCUCCUUCCUGGAGACACGGUCCAGCAACCGGGCCGUCCUGCAGUGCACUGUCGAGAGCCACCCGCCGUCCGAUUUAGCCCUGUUCCGAGGCUCGGUGCUGGUGGCUUCCAGCCGGGGCUCCGGGAACUGGCCUCCGCAGCGGCUCAGUAUCCACGCGGCCCAUAACUCCUUGAAAGUGGAGAUCAAGGAGCUCGUCCUGGAGGAUGAAGGGCAGUACCGCUGCCUGGCCAACAACACGUACGGGAACUCGGCUGCCUCCAUGCGCUUCAGCGUAGAGGGUGCGAGGGUCACCGUCGACCCCUCUCCAGACAUCCAGGAGGGUGCCACGGCCAACCUGACCUGCGUGGUGGCCAGCCGGGGCGCACAGGAGAUGAACUACACCUGGUACAAGAACAGCAGGUGGUUCCGGGAGAGCCCCGGCCGGUCGCUGGUGCUGGGCGGCGUGACCCGGGCCGACACGGGCACGUACCACUGCCGGGCAGCGGGCGGGACGAGGAGCGUGACAUCCGCCUCAGCCAGCGUGAAUGUGCUCUAUGCCCCCCAGAGCCUCUGCAUCAGCGCCUUCCUGGACAAUGAGAAGGGAAAGGUGGGCAUCAUCUUCUGUGCAGUCGACAGCCAUCCGCGCGCCACACUGACCUUGCACAAAGGAGGCCGGCUCGUGGCGGAAAGCAACAGCUCCCGCUCGGUGGCCGGCCAGCGCUUCAUCCCGCUGCCCUCCUACAACAGCCUGAGGCUGGAGAUCCGGGACCUCCAGGCGGAGGACUCGGGGCUGUACGUGUGCCGGGCUGCCAACCGGUUUGGCCACGCCGUCAGCACCAUCGACUUCAGUGCAGGGACGCUUUCCAACCUCCGCUUGUUCAGAAUCCUGGCUGGAGUGUUCGGGUUCCUAGUUUGCAUAGCGGUCGUCUGCGGCUUGGCCUUCUGCAUGGCAAGCUCCGGCACCCGGAUGAACAAAGCGUGGAAAAGGUGGAAGCAACUGAGGAGCAAGACGGUGGAAUCUGUGGACCGUAAAGAAGACGCCCAGCUGACGGAGCAAAGCUCAGAGACGCCCCCAUCCGGACGUUUCUGCCUGUCCUACAGAAGGCUCCAGGGCAACACCGAAGCGCCCCGCAACUGUGCCCCCUCGGAACAGACCUCUGUAAGCACCCUGUGAAGGUGAGAAGACAUCCGGAGGUGCGGAGCCAGCUGGGAGACCCGGGCAGUCCUGCAGGGCGAGGGGAAGACGGUCUGCUGGGGAUCCUCACUCCUGACAUGGCACUGAUCCUGUCGCAGGGGACUUGUGUAUUUCCCCUCCCACGUAUCCCAUUUUCUGCAUGGCCUUGUCCACACACCCAAAGCUCAGACUCCAGCUAGGAGUCUGAAGGUUCUGAUCUCACGAUUUGCAGUGUGAUAAAAGCAGAUGAACACUCGGUCCUCCUCCCCACCCUCGGCGCGGUGCUGAGCGUGGACUUCCUUCAUGGCACUUCCCGUCCCAUGGGUACAGCGCUGCACACACGGGCCAGGAGAGUACAGACCGGCGGCCGGCCGGAUCACCAUCAGUCCGGUCCUGGGGAGCGAGACGGCGGCCCUGGUGACACGCCAACUCGCUGGAACGAAUACCGUUGCUCCUCAGCCAACGUCGCAGGGGCCGUGCCCGCACCAUGCUCCCCGAGAAGCAUAGGAAGCGCCCUGCUGGAUCAGGCCCAGGGUGACCCAGGUCCAGCUGCCUAUGGGAACACACAAGCAGGAGAGGAGGGCAGCGACACCCUCCCACCCACGUUCCCCAGCGCCUGCUCUCUGCAGGCAGACUGUUCCUGCUUCCUCGAGCCACCGGGACCUGUGGCACGGAUCACCUCUUCCUCCGUAAACUUGCCCAUGGCCUUUUGAAGCCACCCGACUUGAUCACCACAUUUUGUGAAAGCAAAUUCCACGGUUAACUGUGCAAAGCAGGACUGCGUUCUCUCCGAAUCGGCUUCACCCAGGGCCUUUUCCUCUCUGACCUUUCUCCUCGCCAUGCAUUAUUCUGCACAGCUCUCCCUCAUUCACUCCCUUCCUAAGAUAAAACAAACCUGGAUUUGC